AUGUGGGGGAUCUACCUGGGACUCUGUUCUGGGGUGUGGUGCAGGAGCAACUUGCAUGCCCCUUCUACCAUCAGUUACAGGGUUAAUUACACGUCCCCUGUUGGGAGUAAUGGCCCCUUGAUGUCAUCUUAUCUUAUAAAGCCCCCAAGGCAGGGGGUCGCGGCCGCUCUGCAGCGCACGGCGGGCGGCGGGCGGCGGGGGCCGUGCUGGUGCCGGGGGGUGCCCCGCUGUGUGAGGGGGCAGCUGGCUCUGCAGGCCGAGCCGGAGAUGGCGCCGAAGUGUAGUCAGAGCUCAGCUUUAGAGGGAAGGGAUGUGGUAAGUGAUGCUAUUCUGCAGCAGGGUAAUGCAGAGUUAUUGGCUGUGCUACUAGUUAGCAAAGGGAGAAGGGUUGAGAAGAGGGUGAGGCUGGACUGGCGACCUGUACUGGACCAUGAUCUUCACGCUGGUUGGGGUUUACAUGGUCUUUUUCCUCUUCCUGUCUGCCAGGAGCAGCAGCCCAGUUGGACGGAUGACUUACCAUCCUGCCACCUCUCUGGGGUGGGCUCGGCUCCAAACCGUUCCUACAGUGCAGAUGGCAAGGGGACAGAGGGUCACCCCUUGGAAGACAACUGGUUAAAAUUCAGGAGCGAGAACAACUGCUACCUCUAUGGUGUCUUCAAUGGUUAUGAUGGCAACCGAGUCACCAACUUCGUGGGUCAGAGGCUCUCUGCAGAGCUGCUGCUGGGCCAGCUCCAUGCAGACCACAGCGAUGCUGACGUGCGUCGGGUUCUGCUGCAGGCUUUUGAUGUGGUGGAAAGAAGUUUCCUGGAGUCCAUUGACGAUGCCUUGGCAGAGAAGGCCAGUCUGCAAUCUCAGCUGCCAGAGGGUGUCCCUCACCACCAGCUCCCUCCUCAGUACCAGAAGAUUGUGGAGAGACUGAAGGUUGUAGAGCAGGAGAUCUCUGGAGGAGCCAUGGCUAUUGUGGCUGUCGUUCUCAACAACAAGCUCUACAUCGCCAAUGUGGGUACCAAUCGGGCACUGCUGUGCAAGUCCACGGUGGAUGGGCUGCAGGUGACUCAGCUCAACGUGGACCACACAACAGAGAAUGAAGAUGAACUUUUUCGCUUCUCUCAGCUGGGCUUGGAUGCAGGGAAAAUAAAACAAGUGGGAACUAUUCGUGGGCAGGAAAGCACUCGGCGCAUUGGAGAUUACAAAGUCAAAUACGGCUACACUGAUAUUGAACUGCUCAGUGCUGCUAAAUCUAAGCCCAUCAUAGCAGAGCCUGAAAUCCACGGUGGGCACUCGCUGGAUGGGGUGACGGGCUUCUUGGUGCUCAUGUCGGAAGGGCUCUACAAAGCUCUGGAGGCAGCUCAUGGGCCUGGGCAGGCCAACCAGGAAAUUGCAGCCAUGAUAGCCACGGAGUUUGCCAAGCAGACGUCACUGGAUGCUGUGGCACAAGCAGUGGUGGACCGCGUUAAGCGCAUUCACUGUGACACUUUUGCCAGCGGUGGGGAGCGGUCCAAGUUCUGUCCCCGUCACGAAGACAUGACACUGCUUGUGAGGAAUUUUGGGUACCCUCUGGGUGAGAUGAGCCAGCCCACUCUGACACCAACGCAAGGAGGCCGUGUUUACCCUGUCUCUGUGCCAUACUCCAGCUCCCAAAGCACAAGCAAGACAAGUGUCACGCUGUCUCUUGUCAUGCCUUCUCAAGGCCAGAUGGUCAAUGGUGCCCACAGCAGCUCAACUCUGGAUGAAGCCACCCCCACCCUCACUAACCAAAGCCCAACUGUGACGCUGCAGUCGACCAACACUCACACGCAGAGCAGCAGCUCGAGUUCAGAUGGGGGUCUGUUCCGCUCCCGACCCACCCACUCGCUCCAGCCAGAUGAGGAUGGGCGUGUGGAGCCCUACGUGGAUUUUGCAGAGUUUUACCGGCUUUGGAACAUGGACCAUGGCGAGCAGGGAGCGCUGACUGUGUCCUAACUUGUAUCUGCCGCCUGCAGACACCUUGUGCUCCUCUGUGUGAGCAAAGACUGAGCAAGAGUAGAAGUGUUCCACCGAGGGCUGCGUUCUGCCCAGAGCUAACUCCUGUCCAGGACGUGCUGCACGCUGAGCAGGGGAUCUUGUGCACUACACACGUGUUGCCUGUGCCAUGCUCCUGAUGUUGCCCAGCCCUGGGAAGCCCUGUGAAUAGGGGAAGGGGUCUUGAAUGCAGCCCUCACUGCAGGUUUUUGCAAGUAAAGGUGCAGAGAGGGCUCCUUGUGGAUCAUGCAGGAGCCGGGGCCCUGCGAAGGCCGCGUGUGUGCGCGUGUGUAGGUGUACACGUGUGUGCCUGCGUGUGUGUGUGUGUGUGUGUGCUGUCAUAAUGUUUCCACAACUCAGUUCAAAAUGCUGUGAUUCCAGUGUUCAACUCCAUAGAAGAUACCUCUAUUUUGCAGAAUAAAUAACUUAUAGCUACA